UGAGGGGAGGGAGGUGGUGUGGGGGGAGAUGGAUUCGUUUCAACAUGUCAACAACACAAAUUACAUCCGCUACGCCGAAUCCUCGAGGGUAAACUGGAUCACGCACUUCGCCUGCGCCGACCCGACCCACGGCGCUGAGUGGCGGGACUUGAUGCGGCCGCGUACGACGGGCCUCAUCAUGAAGAGCAUCAAGGCCGAUUACAAGUUUCCAAUAAUCUACCCCGACACUAUCUCCGUUUAUCACAAACUGCGCUCUCUCCCGUCGGCCACCGACACGUCCCUCAUCCUCGACUGCGUGAUCCUAUCGCAUAAGCACCGGCGCGUUGCCGCGCGGACGGAGGAAGAUAUUGUCAUAUACGACUACAAAGCCGGCAAAAAGACCACCGUACCGCCCUUUGUGCUUGAUGUUUUCCGGGAUACGUGGAGGCAACAGGAAGAAGCAACAUCGAAGGCUAGGGACAGGAUAUGGGGGUUGUUGGGAGAGGUGGAGGCACUGGAGAAGGAGACAUGGGAUUGCGAAGGGGCGGUGGAGGAUUUGGGGGCUACUGGGGGUAAGAGUUGACGAGGAUGAGAGACUAGAUGCUUCCUCAUCACUGCUGAAAGAGAACGCAUGUGAGAAACGGGUCUUGUAGGCCUACAUUCCGUCGACGACAGUCGUCCUGCUAGAGCUUGAUAGAUUUGUUACAUAUAUCGGGGCAGCCUGUCGGUGCUUCUCCGCCGCGCCAAGAGUUGUGGAUUCUGGGCUCGAAGGUGGCAUUGAGCAUCCAGCGCUGUACAUCAAGAAAGUUAGUGAACAUUGAUGCUUGCAAGCAUGGUCAGUAUAUAUAGAUAGGAGUCAUAUAACCUGAGUUUCGCCCGCCAGAGGCGCCGCUGCCCG